AACGGUAGUACUUUCGUCUACCUUAACUGUGAUGAAGAGGGUCUCCUCGGUCUGUAACGGUCACUGUCUCCGUAAUAUUUUUUAAUUUUUCCAGCUGAAAUCAUUCAUCUUUUCUCUCCAUCAUGGCGGCCGCUGCCCGCCUCCUUCCCGCUGUCACGCUGGCGCUGUUGUCCUGUUUUCCCGCUGCGGUGUCCUCGCGCAGAGACGUGCUCGAGCUCGGGGACGCGGACUUCGACUACCUGGCAACGGAGCACGAGACCAUGCUGGUGAAAUUCUACGCUCCAUGGUGUGGUCACUGUAAGAAAUUAGCUCCAGAGUUUGAGAAGGCAGCGACCAGACUGAAGGGAACCGUCAGGUUAGCAAAGGUAGACUGUACGGUUCACUCAGAGACCUGUGGUCGUUUCGGGGUCUCUGGUUAUCCCACUUUGAAGAUCUUCAGGAACGGAAGAGACUCCGCCCCCUACGAUGGACCUCGCACCGCAGAUGGGAUCUAUCACUACAUGAAGAAGCAGACCGGUCCAGACUCAGUUCACCUGAAGACUGAGGAAGACCUCCAGUCCUUCAUCAACCACUACGAUGCCAGUAUCGUAGGUGUGUUUUCAGGUGCCGACAGCUCUCGUCUGUCAGAGUUUCUGAAAGCUGCGGGUCUGUUGAGGGAACAGUUCAGAUUCGCUCACACCACUGAUGUGAGGCUGGGGUCUGAGUACGGAGUUCACUCUGAGAGUGUGAUGUUGUUCAGACCUCCCAGACUGGCCAAUAAGUUUGAGGACAGCGUCGUCUUCUUCAGAGAUUACCUGACCAUCGGAUCUCUGAGGCGCUUCAUCAGAGAUCAUAUUUAUGGUCUGUGCCCUCACAUGACUCUGGAGAACAGAGAUCGUCUGAGCAUUCGUGACCUGCUGACGGCAUACUAUGACCUCGACUACCGUCACAACACCAGAGGGUCCAACUACUGGAGGAACAGGGUCAUGAAGGUGGCGUCAAAAUACAUUGGGCGGGGCCUGACGUUCUCAGUAGCCAAUAAGAAGGACUUCCUGUCUGAGCUGGAGGACGACUUCGGUUUGGGGACGUCAGACGGAGGAGAGCUGCCGUUCGUCACGAUCCGGACCAAACUGGGCCACAAGUACACCAUGAGAGAGGAGUUUACGAGGGACGGCCAGUCUUUGGAGAGGUUUCUAGACGAUUACUUUGCAGGUCGACUAAAACGUUACGUCAAGUCUGAGCCCAUCCCCGAGAGAAACUCUGCCGCUGUCCAGGUGGUUGUUGCUGAGACUUUUGACAAUGUCGUUAAUGAUCCAGAUAAAGAUGUUCUGAUCCAGUUUUACUCUCCUUCCUGUCCACACUGCAAGAAACUGGAUCCGGUCUACAGAGAGCUGGCUGACACGCUGUACUCUGAUCCAGACAUCAUCAUCGCCAGGAUGAACGCUGUCGAUAACGACGUCCCGCUGGGCUACGAUGUCCAAGGGUAUCCGACCAUUUACUUUGCUCCAGUGGGUAAAAAGGACGAGCCCUUACGAUACGAGGUAACACGCAGCGUCCGAGCAUUAAAGGGGGUCGAGAGCUCAAAGACUUCCUGAAGUUCCUGAAGCGCGAGGCGAGUCACAGUCUGGUGUUCAGCGGGUCGAAGGACGAACUCUGACGCAUUUUCAUCCACCAGUCAGGUCGGACUACAGGGACACAACCAGCUGGUUUCCAUGACAGCGAACAUUUAGGGGGAGGACGAGACAGGAGUCCCGAUCCUGCUGACAGACCUGCACCUAAAUCUGGACCUGAAUCAGAGACAGGAAGUGAUGAUUACCACAGAAACACCAGUCCUUCAUCAUGUCAUGCAUGACAUGAGCAGACUGUCAGCUGACUGAUUUUAAAAUGAUUUGUUUGUUUUGUUUAUUUAUUUUUGGAGUCAUGUUGGUCAGCGUUCACCCAUCGUUCAGUCUUAAAGGGCAUUCUGGGAAAUGUAGUGAAUAGAUGACUGACAGCGGAUACCCACGUGUAUGUCUGAGAGUUCUUUACAAUCGUAUCACAAUAAAUCAGCCGCAGUUUGUUUUUUAACAAACAAACAUUUUUACUUAAGAAUCUCAAGGUUUGAUUUCCAAUAAUAAACUUUAUUUAUUUGGCAUCAAAACAAUGUUACAAAAAACAAAAUUAAACCAAAUCACAAUUAAAUAGAAUACAGCAAAAUAAAUGAUAAGAUUUAAACAAAUAAAACGUUGGGCCAACAUUAAUAAAAGCAUCCUCAAAAGAGAAGGUUUAUUUCUUCAUAGUUUCUUAUUUCUAAAACAAAAGAAAAAACAACUUACAUUGAUAAAAUAGCAGAUAAAAAUUUCCAGAUUUCCACAACAGUUUGUUGUUGUUUAAAAAAAAAACAAAAAAAAACAGCCCUGAGAUUUUUUUGAUACUAGACAAAUGGCAUAAAAUAAGUCACUACGUUCGGCAGAUUUCAAUAUUACUACUAAAAUAUACAAUAAAAUGAAUUAGUACAUGAGAAGAUGUUAAUGUUAUUGAAAAUGAAAUGUGAAGUGAAAUGAAAUGUUAUUUAGUUUAUUUUUAUUUUUAUUUCAUUCUGAAAGCAUCAAGGUUUCAGCUCUGCUUUCCUGUUGACCUGAGAUCAAAAGAGGAGUAACUGAUGUUUAUUUUAGUUUCUGAGAAAUCUUCCGAUUGUUUUCUCAGAGUCCAAAUGCUUCAAAACGUCGUGUUUUGUCCCAAACUCAGAGAUUCAGUUACUGUGAUAGAAAACAGAGAGAAGCAGAGAAUCUGACAGACUGGAGAAACCGAUGGUGGAUGGAGACACAUAGUUGAAAUGAUUUCUCCCUUCUCAAAAUGGUUAACCAGUCUGUCAGGUAAUUGACGAGUUGUGGGUCUUUAAUGAGCGCUCACUGUUGGUUCAACCUGACAAAAAAAAAUCAAACCUCUAACUGCUGCUAAAGAACCAACAUUAGUGAAUUAGACUAGUUUUAGAUCGAAGUUAAACCACAUGGUGACACUUCUUCAAAUGCAGCGAUGUGAAAUUUACUUUGUGUUGCUCAAGUUGUCGUCAAAUUCCUUCAGGAAAAGUCUGAGGCUUAAGGGUUGACGGUAAAAUAAAACACAGUAAGUCGUGCAGGAGAGAAUUUCAUUUCAAAAUAAAACCCGCUACACACACGUAGUUCUUAAAAACUAGGAAUUUCAUUGAUUUUUAUUUUAUGCAAAAAUAGUGCAACUUCAUUAUCCGUGGAUUUUAUAUUUUGUGUUUCUGAAUGACAGACUAUUUAUGAAUUUGAACGUUGGGCAGCAUUUGAACAUUCGGUAACAAACUGAGGGAGAAAUCUAUCCCGAUCCUUAUUACUGUAGGAGAGGCUGUUUUACUGUUGACACUGAGGCCGGUGGGCAGCACUGUCGCCUCACAGCCAGAAGAUUCUGGGUUUGAGGCCCGGUUCAGUCGGGGCCUUUUCUGAGGAGCUUGCGUGACCCCCCCGUGAAGCGGUACAGCUAAUGUAUGGAUGGAUGUUUACACUGAAGACGAGCUCUGCUAAGAAUAUUUAAUAAAAAUAAAACUGACUGAUAUCAACCUGAGCUUGUUUAAUGA